CUAAUUUCAGAAGGAAAAGUUAGUAGAGGUGUGAACAAAGAAGGAAUCAACUAUUACAAUAACCUCAUCAAUGAACUAUUAGCCAAAGGUCUAAAACCAUUUGUGACCAUUUUUCAUUGGGACCUUCCACAAGCCUUAGAAGACGAAUAUGGUGGUUUUUUAAGUCCAAACAUAGUGAAUGAUUUUCAAGAUUAUGCAGAACUUUGUUUUAAGGAAUUUGGAGAUAGGGUAAAGCAUUGGAUUACAUUAAAUGAACCAUGGACCUAUAGCAAAUAUGGCUAUGCUGAUGGCAUAUCAGCACCUGGAAGAUGCUCAACUUGGCAAAACAAAGACUGUGCUGGUGGUGAUUCAGCCAUUGAGCCCUAUAUAGUAACUCACAAUCAAUUACUUGCUCAUGCAGCUGCUGUCAAUGUCUAUAAGACAAAGUAUCAGGCAUCUCAAAAGGGUAUAAUAGGGAUAUCACUAUCAUGUAACUGGAUAGUGCCACUCUAUGAUACAGAGUUGGAUCAUCAUGCUGCACAAAGAGCCAUUGAUUUUAUGUUUGGAUGGUUUAUGGAGCCAUUGACAAUAGGAGAUUACCCUAAUUCUAUGCGAUCUUUGGUAGGGAGCCGAUUACCAAAAUUUUCAACUUAUGAGGUUGAACUUGUAAGAGGUUCAUAUGAUUUUAUUGGAUUAAACUAUUAUACUUCUUAUUAUGCUACUGAUGCACCUGAAUUAAGUGAAGACAUGCCUAGCUUCCUCACAGAUUCUCGUGUUGUUCUUACAAGUGAACGUAAUGGAAUACCUAUCGGUCCAAAGACUACUUCAUUAUGGGUGUUUGUUUGUCCGAAAGGAAUUCACCAAUUGUUGCUCUACGUUAAAACAAAGUAUAACAACCCUUUGAUCUACAUCACGGAAAAUGGUUUAGAUGAAGUCAAUGAUCCAAAACAAUCUCUUGAGGAAGCUCUUCAUGAUGUUUCGAGAGUUGAUUACUUUUAUGAUCAUCUCUAUUAUCUUGGAAAUGCAAUCAAGGAUGGUGUAAAUGUGAAAGGAUAUUUUGCAUGGUCAUUACUUGACAGUUUCGAAUGGAAUUUAGGCUACAUUUCAAGGUUUGGAACAAUCUUCGUAGAUUACAAUAGCCUAAAAAGGCAUCCAAAGUUAUCAGCUAUUUGGUUUAGAAAUUUCUUACAACGCCAAAUAGUUAUAUACGAUGAUUUGUGAAAUGAGCUUGUGAAGGUCCAAAUAUGCUUUAAAGUUAAAAAACAAAGACUAAAACUAUGUAUGAGACUCAACAUCUUUAUUAUAGAUUAUUGUUUUAUUUUAUUUA